AAGAGGCUAGAUUGAUUAAAAUGCUUCUUUGGGCUUUUCUUAUUGGGUAGUUUGUCAUUAUAUUCUCUAUUCUAUAAGUGUGAAGGUAUUUUAGUAACCUAAGGGGAUGCCAAAAGUGGAUUUACUAAAAUAAACUCAGUUCUUCACUUAUAUAAUAGAGAUUUAUUCAGUUAUAUGUCAUUAUUAAAGCCGAUUGAUUUUUUUUUUUUAAACAGGCUAAUGCUUCGUUACAUAUGAAUAACGACAAUUUCUCCAUGAACUUUCUCCCAAUGAAUGUUCCUUAAGGCAUCCACAACAGCAACCAAUACACAUAUUGGUGAUCAUCCCUCAUUGCAUACAAAUGAUGAUAUUCCUUUCAAUCCUGAACAAGAUGUGAUUGGUGAUAAUUUAACAUUGCAUACAUCUGAUGAUAUUCCCGGUCCACCACCGCGUAGGAAGAGGGGGAGGCCUCCCCUCGCGGAGGGACAAAGUAAGUCGAAGAGAAAGCCGGGAAAGCCUUGGGUUCCCGGCGGAUCAGGAAGACCACCAAAUUCAGUGAGGGGUGGGGGUACGCCAAGAGUGAAGCACACCUCACCGAGGACAUAUCCGGGUCUUGUCGUCGAAUUGGUUAAUGAGUUGUGUCCUAUACGGCGUGAGUGGGUGGAAAAGGCUGGUUUUGGGUCCAUUCUGAAUCUUAAAAUCCAGAAGGUGGAUAGAUUAUUUUUGGCAUGGUUAGAGAAAAGGUGGGACUGCAAAAGGCAGGUAUUGCGUAUACGUGAUGACUAUGAGAUAACCAUUGACGAGAAUAUGAUUUCCUGGAUAACUGGUGUUCCACUUGGGAUGUAUAAGUUCCAUAAUCUUAAAAAAAAUGACAAGGAGGUGCAGAAAUAUUACGAUGAAUACGUCAUUGGUAGCGCAAUUGGUUAUGUCACCGUUUACAACAAAUGUUUGUUGGAAGAGGACCCUACAGUUUUCCUCCGACAUUUCAUACUACUAACAUUUGGAUGUCUAUUUUGCAUGAAUACAUACAAUUCCAUCACCCCAAAGUUGUUGCCUAUCCUUAAGAGAACAUAUAUAUUUGAACCAUACCCUAUAGGAACACCACUGGCACCGCCUCCGUGGGCAUUGCCAAAGGUUCAAUUGGGUCAGCCUAGGGUUGAUAAACCAAUUUUGCCAUCUGAUGAUGCAAAGAAGUCAGACCUCCGCUGCAGGGCUUUUAAGUUAAGACGUCCCAAGAAAACAACGGGUCAAACACCAGGGAGCAAAGAGGUCCCAGAGUCAACCCACACUACUGAAACGGCAUCUGAGCAUGUGACUCAGUCAUCAAAAGAAGAUGUUGGUAAAAACCAGAAGAGGAGGGCAAAAGGAGAUGGCGUAGAUCGUGUUGAUGAAACGAGUUCUGAUGAUGAAACGGAUUCUGACAAGGAAACAUUGAAUUACAAAACAAAGGUUGAUCCUACGGAGAAGAACAUUUCUGAAAUUAUUCUUAGAAGGAAAAUAUUUGGAGAUCAAGUACUUUUCACAAGUGAUUCCGUUUCACUUAGUCGAGAUAUGCUCUACAAUUCAUUUAAGAAGAAGGGAGAGAUUUCAAUGGAGGUUAUGGCUGCUUGGUGCAGAUGUUUGAACAAACACAUCCUUGAGAUUUCUGGAUUGAAGACUUACGUUGUCCUCCCCGAAAUGAUGGCUGAAUUGUUGGGUGUUGGUGUGGACAAGAAGCAAUUUAACGUUAUCAUGAACAAACGAAAAAGGCAGUUCAUAGAUGACAUGAAGAAGGGAUUUGAUUUUGUGGAAGUAGAAAAGUUAUUCAUACCUGUUUAUUACAAAGGGUGUUGGAUUGUCAUGAAAACAAGGAAAGGGAAAAAAAAUUCGAUGCUGGUUUAUGACCCAAGAACUAAACCUUCCACGGUUAAUGGUAUCAGCCACAUUAUUACAACACUGAAUGUUGUGUUACACGAAAUCAGUGAAUUAAUCGGAUUGGAAAUCCCUAGCUGGAACAUAAGGCAGUAUGAAAUUCAUAUGUAUGAUGGAGAGGCAAAGCAGAAGCACAAAGAAGACGGGGGUUUACUAUGUAUGGUUUUUUUGAUGUCAUCCAUAGAAAAUGUCGGAGAGUGGUUGGAGAUUUAUCAGACGAAUGACAAGGAGAUCCGCAAGUACAUGCUUGGACGUCUGGUUGCCAACUCCUACAACAAGAUCAAUGCCAAAGAGGUUUUAAGAACAAUUUCAAAUGGUAGGGAAUAAGUAGUAUGCACAUUAAUGUUCCAAAAACAAUGUUUAACGUAUCUGUUGUGGCUCGUUUGGUAUGUAAUGGAGAUAGGGAUAGAGAUAGAGAUAGGGGUAGGGACAAGAAUUGGGACAAGACUCAUUUGGUAGGUAAUGGGGAUAGGGAUAGGGAUAGGGAAGGGAUUGAGAUAGGGAUAGGGACAAGAUGGGAAAUUCAUUGCAUUUAUCCUAUUCCUUGUUAGGUAUAGUAUUUGAUAUAUAUUCAGGAUAACAUAACAAUUUUACUAUAUUGUCCCUUUAAAAUGGUAAAGUUAAACAAGACUUAUAUUAUUAACAGAAUAGGAUGUAUAAGGGUAAAAUUGUAUUUUCUCACUUUAAUGAAAAAUCCUCAUUCCUAUA